ACAAACACACACACACACACUUGUUUGAAAGCAUAAUUCAAUGGAAAAUGGAGCAAGAAAACUUAGUGAUGAUUAUGAAGUGACAAUGAUACUGGGCAGAGGCGGUUUUUCAGUCGUUCGGAAAGGUAUAAAGAAGAAGUCGUCGUCUAAGGUAGAUGAUCAGCAAGAAGUUGCAAUCAAGACUCUAAAGAGAGUCGCCGGCGGUGGUGGUGGUGGAAUUCCUAGCCGUAAGCAAGUUUUAAUAUCGGAUGCACUGCUAGCAAAUGAGAUUAUGGUGAUGAAACGGGUAGUAGAGGAGGUGUCACCACACUGUAACGUAAUUCAGUUACAUGACGUUUGUGAGGACCCCAAUGGGGUCCAUCUUGUAUUAGAAUUGUGUUCCGGUGGGGAGCUGUUUGACCGCAUAGUCAGCCAAGAACGGUAUUCUGAGGCUGAAGCAGCCAAGGUGGUGCAGCAAAUUGCUAGCGGUCUGGCAGCUCUCCACCGGGCCAAUGUAAUACAUAGAGAUUUGAAGCCUGAGAAUUGUCUUUUUCUUAAUAAAAGUAAAGAUUCACCAUUGAAAAUUAUGGAUUUUGGGCUUAGUUCAGUGGAAGAGUUUACUGACCCAGUUGUGGGUCUUUUUGGAUCCAUUGAUUAUGUAUCCCCAGAAGCACUAGCUCAACAAAAGAUUACCUCCAAAUCAGAUAUGUGGGCUUUGGGUGUCAUUAUGUAUAUCCUGCUCUCAGGGUACCCGCCUUUCAGUGCUCAAUCGCAUCUUCAAAAGCAACAGAUGAUAAUGAAUGCGAAUUUUAGCUUUUAUGAGAAAACAUGGAACAAGAUUUCUUCUUCAGCGAAGGACUUGAUUUCUAGUUUGUUAAACGUUGACCCUGAAAAACGACCCACUGCUGAUCAGAUUCUUAAACAUCCAUGGGUGAUCGGAGAUUCUGCUACAGAACGCCAAAUUGAUCCAGAGAUUGUAUCGCGGCUGCAAAGCUUUAAUGCAAGACGCAAAUUUCGUGCAGCUGCAAUAGCAAGCAUGUAUACAAGCACCAUUUUCUUGAGAACAAAAAAGCUCAAGAAUUUGGUUGGAUCUUAUGAUCUGAAUCAAGAAGAGCUUCAAAAUCUAAAAAAUCACUUCAAAACAUUAUGCGCGGAUGGUGAAAACGCAACAUUGAAAGAGUUUCAAGAGGUGUUAAGAGCAAUGAAAAUGACGUCGCUAAUACCUUUAGCUGGACGAAUCUUUGACCUUUUUGAUAAUAAUCGGGAUGGCACAGUUGAUAUGAGGGAGAUACUUUGUGGCUUCUCUAGCCUCAAAAAUCUCAAGGGGGAAGACGCACUUCGUCUUUGUUUUCAGAUGUAUGACACUGAUGGGUCGGGCUGCAUCAGCAGGGAAGAAGUUGCAUCAAUGCUUCGGGCGUUGCCGGAUGAUUGUUUAACAAUUGAUAUCACUGAGCCAGGAAAACUAGAUGAGAUAUUUGACCGCAUGGAUGCCAAUAGUGAUGGAAAAGUAACCUUUGAUGAAUUCAAAGCCGCUAUGCAAAAAGAUAGCUCGUUACAAGAUGUAAUCCUCUCCUCGCUUCGUCCCAACUAAUGCUAGCCAUAUAUAUGGUCUCCUUCUACCUGUGUUUUUUCCCCUUGUCUCUCCUCUUACGCUGUCAUAAACAUACGGACAAUGUCAAAAGAUAUGAUCUAGAUGCUUAUAACGGAACGUUCUUUGUCUUUGCAGAUCA